CAUUUUGAAAAACCCCUUUCUAAAACAUUUUCUUGCACCCCCGCCACCUCGCUGCAACCACCUUCCCCACCUGCAUUUCCUCCAUCUCUCUCUCUCUCUCUCUCUCUCUCUCUAUACAUUCAUAUAUGUAUGUAUGUAUGUAUAAUGCAUAUAUAAUAUACGUGGAAGAUUUACUUGUGUCUUUGGUGGAUCUGUGAGAGUGUUUUUGCUGGCGAAAGAGCGAUGGGAAACGCCAACGGGAGAGAGGAAGGAGGCGGUGGGAUUGGGAGGGACGAUGAUGAUUCGUUAUCAGGAAGAAGAUCCAACGGUGAAUCGGGGGUCGGUUAUAACCACGCGCCCAAUUCGCAUCCGCCAGUGCGCCUGGCGUCGUCGGAUUCGAUGGGCAACAACACUCCUCCUCAGAGCCCCGGGCGCUCUCGAUCCCCCAUCCUGUUCGCUCCUCAGGUUCCUCUAGCUCCCUUGCAGAUGGCUGAUGGGCCUCCCCUUUUCAAUAAUAUCUGGCAGAAUGAGUCUCAGGGAGCUGUUAAUCAUCCUCCUGAGCCAGGAAUCCCCACCAUGAUUAUAUGGAACUUUGGUGGUAACAAUGUGGCUGUGGAGGGAUCUUGGGACAACUGGACAACUAGGAAGAUGCUGCAGAGAUCUGGUAAAGACCACUCAAUUCUUAUGGUCCUUCCAUCAGGUGUCUUGCUUACCCUUUAUUUUGCAUCUAUAUUCUCCUGUAUUGUUUUUUUUUUUCCGAGAGAGAGAGAGAGAGAGAGAGAGAGGAAUUUUAUGCAAGCAUGUACAUCAGCUGCUUGUGAUGAUCCGAAUGCCAUAAGUGGAAGUGGAACUUACAUGCAGACACAGACACAUAUAUAUGCUGUAGUAGGCUUUUGUUGUUUUGUGCAGGAUUAUGUGCCUGAAAACUUUGAGAGCGUCACUGAGUUUGAGGCUCCUCCAUCACCAGAAUACAGCUACACUCAGGCUUUGCCGGCGGAGGAGGAUUUUGCAAAGGAGCCAUUGGCUGUUCCACCCCAGCUGCAUCUAACUGUCCUAGGUAUGGAGAACGCAGAUGAGGCUUCUUCUUCCAAGCCUCAGCAUGUUGUGCUCAACCACCUCUUCAUGGAGAAAGGAUGGGCCUCCCAGUCUGUGGUUGCCUUGGGGCUAACCCAUAGGUUCGAGUCCAAAUAUGUAACAGUUGUCCUCUACAAACCACUCAAAAGGUAAAACUGCCACUUUUCAAGCUCAACUCUGUAAAGGAAAAGAUCAUAAAUGCUUUUAAUGUUAAUUAUGAAGGUAUGUCUGUUUAUAGAACAGCUCGAAACUUAACUCACAACCAUGUUUGUUCUGCAUGCAGCAAAACGUUAAUUUCAAUCAUUUGCUUCUUUCUUA